CAGCAUGAAUAGUAAGUCAUUUUGCACUAAACUGCACUCAGCUCCAUUUCUGAGAAUAUACCAAACAAGAAAAAUGCACAUAAUUUUAUCCUGCCCUCUGGGAUUGUACUUGCUAUGAUAUUUCAGCAUGGGGAAAAGUCUUCUAGCUACAUAUGGACUCUGGGCACUGGGGGGCCCAUUAGGACUCUAUCAUAUCUACCUUGAACGAGACAGCCAUGCCUUGCUUUGGAUGCUCACACUUGGAGGAUUUGGUAUGGGUUGGGUGUGGGAUUUCUGGAAGAUUCCUGGACAUGUAUACAAAUAUAAUCGUCAAGAGAAAAAAAAUUCUGAGGUGAAGGAAGGGGAACCACCUUCUAGUACCAUUCGUUUUAUAGGACAGGUGGCAACAGGGGUUUACUUUGGGAUAGUGUCAGCUAUUGGACUCUCUUUCCUUAGCAGUUUCUAUAUGGUAGUUUUGCCACUGGCAGUUGGACUGGGAGUGCACCUUGUGGCCACUGUUGGUGAACAAACUUCAGAUCUGAAAAACACUCUUAUAGCAGCAUUCUUGACCUCCCCAAUCUUCUACGGGCGUGCUGUCUCCAUAUUCCCAAUCAGCCUCACUGCAACCAUUACCUCUCAGCAACACAGAAGAUAUAGGCUGCACCAACAGAAGCAGGAAAAACUUAGUCUCCGUCUCUACCGCAUUGGUCUUGUGUAUUUGGCCUUUACUGGCCCGUUAGCCUAUAGUGCUUUGCUGAACACAAGUCGCACUGUGAGCUAUGUUGCUGGGAGCAUUGGAUCUAUGCUUGAAUGGCUUAGUAUCUUUCCCAGUGUCAGUGCACUAGUGGAGCGGCUGCUGCUUCUGCCUUAUAGGGUCUGGGCAAUGUUUUCAGGUGGAGGGGUAUUUCGAGAUCAAUACUUUAAGGAAUGGGAGAAGAUCUAUGAGUUUGUGGCCACAUUUCAAAACGAGAAGGAAGAGUUGGCCUGCAAGGUACUGGGAAUUGACUCCAAAUCUACAAUGGACGACAUCACUCGAAAAUAUAGGGAGCUUGUGAAGAUAUGGCAUCCAGAUCACAACCGGCAUCGUCUAGAAGAGGCUCAAGAAAGUUUUCUUGAGAUCCAAGCAGCUUACGAGACUCUUGUGCACCUCAGGAGAAGCAAAGCAUUGUAAAAUAGCUUCAUUUUCAAACUACACCAGACAAGGUCAGAGGUAGAAAAAAAGAAUUCAGAGAUUAAUGUGCUCCGCUAUAAAAAAACCCAGUAACAUUAAAAAGCAGUUUUGAUUGCUGCUGCAACGUCACCUACCCCCCAAAUGCUUUUGUGGAAAUGCAAUUUUUCUCUUCUCUUGAGGAAGCAUGGCAAUGCACACAAAAAGCAUAGCGUUUGUAAUAACAUGUUAACAUGUGAGUAGCCUGUACUGCAUCAGGGAAGCGGCAUCAAAUAGUAAUCUGCGCUAUAAUUGAUUUUUCUUCUUCAUGUACAUUGCCAAGCCAGAGUUUUUUGAUAUUUACUGUAUGUGAACUUCAAGAUAACCAUUUUGGCUCACAUUAUCAUUUGUUCUGGUUAGUAGUUUGGCUUACUGUGUUCAUUGUAUGGAAUUUAGGGUAUACUCCUACUCCCUUACUAGACCAAGGUGUUUUUCACUAAGGAGUACAUUCAAAUCACAUACUGUAGUUUGUUGUAGCAUUCAUGGGCCCGGGAGUUAUUGAAUUCAUCACAUGCUACACCAUAUAGAAAAUGGUCCCAAGAAAAAGCAGGAUGUCUGGACCCUAAACAGCAAAAUAAAUGAAGGAAAUCUGGAAACC